UCUGCCGACGGUGUAGGGUAUUAUGCGUGUUCACUGUCCAUUUCUCAUGUGCAAAAAGUGGUGAUUGUUAUGGCUUGCUUUGGUCAAAUAACCUAGUACACACUUCAACGGUAUAUUUAGCUUGGGAGACAAAUUCUCAGUUUAGCUAUUUGUAUACCUUGCCCCACCUUUGUGUCAACAACCUUUUUUCUUGACAGACUAUUCUUUGUACAUUUUCCCAUAGUAAUUCCUGUUUUUUUGUUUUUUUUUUUUUUGCAUGUGAAUCAAGUUUCUCCUAUUUUUAUUGUAUGAGCAAGUCGACUUCUGUCUUUGUAUGGAUCUGGAAUGUCCCGAAAAACUGUGUGUGGGGUAGGAGUGGUUGUUACAGUAAAGGUGUUCUAAAAUAGAGUUUAGUGGGGCCAUACUUUCUCAUUCUGUGUCUCACUCAUUCUGUGCUCUGCAUGGCUUGUGAGUGUGUAGCAUAAGAGUCGACAUCUGAUCUGCCUGUCCAGUCCGAGGAGUGGCCCCUUACACCACCUUUGAACAAGGUACUUGCUGUUAAGUGGUCCAGUGAAAAUAUUUAGCUGAAUCUGUGUAAAGUUGUAAGUUGCUUUUGAUGGAAGUGUUUGCUCAGCAGCAAAAUAGUGGCACCCGUACUGGAAUCCAAGUUGUCUUAUUGUUCUGUAUUGUGUAAUGCAGCCGAUACUUGUGCUGUUCAAGAGUCAGUUAAACUAGUUUUAGGAUUUCCUUGUUUCUGGCUUCUGGAGCAGAGGUCGACAUACUAGUAAUCGUACCUAUUUUAGCCUAAUUAUGAAACAUCAAAAGUUGGUCUGGAAUGAGAUCGCUCAAGCUCUUUGGGGGGGCAGGCAUGUUUUCUGUUACGGUCUAUUUAUAAACCUGUUUGGUCUGUUUCUUUAGUGGGCUGCACUCUCCCUGUAUGCUGACUGUGUAUACAGGCAGCGUUCCAUUAAUGUCUUUUAUUGUAACUGUUCUGCCGGGAGAUGUGGACUCUGAAGGGUUAAUGCUCAGGACACCACAGACUGCUGUGCAUUUCACACAAGCUCUUCACCACUUGAUUGUUCGUAGGCACGUGGCGGUGUAACGCUACUGUCAUAACUUGUCAUACCCUUUUGGUGGGAAUGAAACUCACCAGGUUUCAGGGUAUAGUAAGUAGUCAUGUCUGCACAUUACGUUUUGACAACUAAAUGACAGCCUUUUUUUUUUUCUUUUUUUUUUUUGCUGUCGAUCAAGUUCUCUCAGUUAUGUGAAUAUUAACAUAGCAAGCACAACACUUUAGCAGUGUGGUAAUUUAACACCCUUUAGUAAAGUGAACCUUGAAUUACUUUUGAAUGCCAUUAGUUGGGUCAUAAUUUCCUUAUCUGUAUUUUCACACUGUGGUCUAUAUGUGGCGGAUUUCUGGAAUGUGCUUUUACAUGACUCAGUUUCCAGGUAGCAUGUUUAGUGUCACAUGCUCAAUUAUUUUGGAGUACCUGCCUCUGUAACGGACACACCUUUAGUAGCCAGAGGUGGGGAAAAAUACAAUCGCGUCAAAAGCGGUCACUGAACAUCAGAGAGUUACAAGUUGUGAUAGGCACCAUCCCACACAUGGCUCUUAAGAAAAACUGAGGGAGAGUUUUUCACAAUCAGUGCCUCCCAUUUCACCUGUUCAAACCCAUGGCGAUUCAUGUCUAUGUGUUGAACCUGAGUGUGAUAUUUCUGUACUAACCAAGUAGUUGGUUGUAUCAUUUGUACUGUUUUUUUUUUAUUAAAACUAAACACCCGUGGUACCUUCCAGUCUGUUAGGUUCCUGUUGCACAGGUUUCCUUUGUAUGUUGUCUGGAGCACUAAUUUAUGCUGUUGUACUAAGUUAUAACCACUGUUUUAUUGCAGAAAUUUAAAACUUGGCAGCAGAGUUACUGUGGAAGCCCUGCUAAAAACUUUGUUAGGUGCUGUUCUGCAAUGCAUGGACUUCUGGGUGUCCUGUGGGGCUGGUGUCCUCUAGUUGCUGGGCCCUCGGCAUCCUCUUCCCCAGUGCGGGUUCCUUUGUCUGGCCUGUGAGGAGGUGGAGCCGGCAGGCCCUGUAAUCUGAGAGGGGCCGAGCCCGGGAGGGUGGGCCGCGCCACUCUGAGAGGGGAGAGGGAGCGGCCGCUCUGGCAUACCACUCCAUGCUUUGCCGCAACGGAGGAGCGGCUCUGCCACGUUCGGCUUUGUGGACUGCUACCACCGGUGGGGCACGUCUCGCGCUCGGGCCUCAGGCCUGUGCCCUUGACUGACCCAGGGAGUCUUGUAUGGGAAGGUUGCCUCGCUGUGCUCUGGAGACACAUGGAGCCAGGAGACACAGGGAGGCUCUUGCGGGUGUGAGCAGCAAGUCAGCAGCUCUUUGCGGCUCAGAGAGAGCGAGCAGAAGGCUUCUCGCACCCUUCCCGUCCUCCCUGCUCCGUCUCCGUGUCUCAGGACUGCCUCCCAUCUGCCUGCCAACUUGCAGAAUUGUAUCCUUGUGUAACAUUCCUGGAUUACAGUGGCCCUGGAUUCGUUGCUCCUCCUUCUGCAACAUCCUCCACAUCACCACAGUCUUUUAAGAGGAUUCUAGGUUGGAGGUGCUGGCUGUUCUGUGCUCAAGCGUUGCUCUGUGUCUUGCGCACGUGUGAUUUCUUCUGUGACCAGGGCCAGACCUAGUCCUGCAGCCCUCCUCCCUGUCUGCGAUUUGCCAGCUGGAGCUGGACUUCCUUGGCUUUAAGUUCUUGUUUUCUGGGGGUUGAGAGGGACAAAGUGGGGCCUCUUGCAGGCUGUUUUGUUUUCAUGGAAAAGCGCGGUGAAGCGCUUCCCCACUCCCCAUGACGGGCAGAGCCGACCUGCAGCCUGUGCUCGCGUGGAAGGGGCUGUUCAAAGUCUUCACGUGCAUUGCGACCCAGACGGCAAGCAAGCCCAAAGACGUUCCGAAAUUUCAAGAGAAGACAAGGACAACGAUAGCUUUAAUUGGAAAUCAUAUGGAUGAAGAAAUGAGUCGCCAAACCGCUGCAGCGCUGCCCACAGGAACCUCCAAGUGCGCCCCCUCCCAGCGGGUGCCGGCACUCUCAGGCACCACAGCGUCCAAUAGCGACCUGGCCAGUCUGUUUGAAUGCCCGGUGUGCUUUGACUACGUAUUGCCGCCGAUACUGCAGUGCCAGAGCGGACACCUGGUGUGCAGCACCUGCCGGCCAAAACUUACCUGCUGUCCCACCUGUCGUGGACCACUGGGCUCCAUCCGCAACCUGGCCAUGGAGAAGGUGGCCAACUCUGUGCUCUUCCCCUGUAAAUAUGCCUCGUCGGGCUGCGAGGUCACGCUGCCGCACACGGAGAAGGCAGAGCACGAGGAGCUGUGCGAGUUUCGCCCAUAUUCCUGCCCCUGCCCUGGGGCCUCCUGCAAGUGGCAGGGGUCGCUGGAUGCUGUUAUGCCCCAUCUAAUGCACCAGCACAAGUCUAUCACCACGCUGCAAGGGGAGGACAUCGUCUUCCUGGCCACGGACAUCAACCUGCCCGGUGCCGUGGACUGGGUUAUGAUGCAAUCCUGCUUUGGCUUCCACUUCAUGUUGGUGCUGGAGAAGCAGGAGAAGUACGACGGGCACCAGCAGUUCUUUGCCAUUGUGCAGCUGAUUGGCACACGAAAACAAGCUGAGAACUUUGCUUACCGCCUAGAGCUCAACGGCCACCGGCGGCGGCUCACCUGGGAGGCCACGCCCCGUUCCAUCCAUGAGGGCAUUGCGACGGCCAUCAUGAACAGUGACUGCCUGGUGUUCGAUACCUCUAUCGCACAGCUGUUUGCUGAGAAUGGCAAUCUUGGAAUUAAUGUCACUAUAUCUAUGUGCUGAGGACUGUAUGCCAACAGGUGAAUGUACGUGCAGGAGAUGAGGUGGCUUGGUA